ACGCCUCCUUUCCCUCCCAUCCGAUUUCUUCUGAGAGAAUGUGCAGAUAUUUGAAUAAACUGUUCUUUUGGGGCUUUUUUUCUUCUCUCAUAUUACAAAAAGCUGCCCUGGAUUGUGACACAAGAAGAAUAAACAAACUCCUUUCUCCAAGUUUGGACUCAGAAGCAAAAGCGGUCACGAGGGGUCAAAAUGUAUCGCUAAUUUGUUCCAACCAGAACAAAUCACUACAGAUCACCUAUUUUUUGUUUCGGCGUGAGAAACACCUGAGAACCCAUGAUGGAAAAGGUGAACCCAUGAUUUUUAACCUAAGCAUCUCAGAAGCCCAUGAGCUGGGCCCCUACAAAUGCAAAGCCCAAGUUUCUAACUGUUCAUUGGUCAAAUACAGUCACGAGUUCAACUUCACAUUUGUGGACCCAGUGAUCACACCAGUGUUGAACAUUCAUGUCAUUAACAUAGAAACAGACCGACAUAUAAUACUACGUUUGUAGCUCAAUGGCUCUCUGCCCAUCACUUAUACUUUCUUUGAGAAAGAUAUUGCCAUAUCACCACCUAAUUUCAAGCAUGUAAGGGAGCCUGCUGAAUUCAACGUAAGCAAGAACAACACUGGAGAAAGGGAAGAGUACAGGUGCAAAAGUGAAAACAGGUUGCCUGACCAUGAAAGAUACAGUCAGCCAGUCUCCAUCAAUCCCCCACCAGGUGGAGACGGCUGUCCUUUCUGCCUGCAGCUACUGCUUCCGGGGUUAUUGCUGGUGCUGAGUGUAAUAAUCUUGAUUCUGGCAUUUUGGAUACUACCAAAGUACAAAGCAAUAAAAGCUACAAGAGAUAAAGCACCCGGAGACUAUGGAAAUACGGCCAGGGAAGUAAGAAUAUAUGCAAAUAUCUGUGAAAAUCAAGCAGGUAGGGAAUCCGUGCAAGGCUUAGAACCAAGGCAGUGUGUUCCCACAGCCCAAGAUGGAACUGGACGCUCCCAGGAGAUACACUAUGCUACCCCUGUGUUCCAGGAGGUGGCACCAAGAGUUCAUGAAGCCUGUAGUGAUUGUAAAACUGGAUAUAUCUAUUCAGAACUCAUCUUCUGAAAUUUAAAAAAGAUACAAGCUACAUCUCAGAGUUUUCUCACUAUCUGGAGCCAGACAGCUACCUGCCACUGCUGCCUCUGCCACCACAGCCUCAGGCCCGACACAGAACAUGGAGCUCCACUGCCGCAGACACCUGCUUCUCAGCGACCGUCACCACCUCCCUUCUUUCUAGAUCCCGAGCAUACGCAUCUGAUUAGAAGAUAUUCACCACCAUACGUCCCCCAGCAGUAAGAGAAUGGUAAUGCUUUUAGAUUUCCGACCCCACCAAAUGGAAGGAGGGUUAUGAUGAGGUUUAAGAGGGCCACUCAAAAUAUCUUCUACAUGCGCCAAAAUUUCAAUCAAGACUAAGGGUGAAAUAAAGACAUUUUAGGACAAAGACAGAGAAAGAGGUUUUUCCAACUGUGUUCUCACUGAAGAACUACAUGAUGUACUUGAGGACGAAAAGUGAACACAGAUAAAGGGUGUAGGAUUUAAGAAGCAUAUAGAAAACAUAAAUGACAGAAGGCGGGGGCGAGGGACAGGGAUGUAUAUGUAAGGUUUGGAAACAUUAUAAAACUACCAUGAUGUUUAAAGUGUGGUAUUGGCAUAUGGCUGAACAAGUAGAACAAUGGAACGGGACCGAAAGUCUAGCUAUAAAUCUAAACACACGUGCGAAUUCAGUGAAUGAAAAAUAUGGCAUUUUAAAUCAGUGGCGAAAAGAUGGAUCAUUCAAUAUAGUGUAAAAACUUUAGAAUCACAUUUAACAAAAGGUGGAUCCCCUACACUUCAUUCUCUGCAACGAAAUAAAGUCAAAUAGGUCAAAUGUUAAAAUACCUAAAAAUAAAGCCAUAGAAGUGCUAGAAGAAAACAGGAGGAAUUUAAGAAUAAUCUUUAAGAGGGGAAGGCUUUUCUAGGUAUGACUCACAAUUCAGAAGAUAUAAAGAACUGCUAAAUUUAAUUAGAUGACUCAUUUUAAAAUUACAUUUAAAAAUCAUAAGCUAAGCCGAAAGAAUAAAUAGGGGAAAUACUUUGAACCCACAUCUCAGAUAAAAUUUGAAGUUUCA